UGCCUCAGUUCAGUUUUCUUAUGUCGGUUAAAUUACUCGUUUCAAUUUGGGAAUGGUUUAUCUGUUGCUAAUUUCCUGCCCAUUGGUAGCAAUAAGAAAAAAAGAAUUAUGAUCACACCUCUUGGGUUCUUGCUCACUUUGUAUUGUAGUCCAAAAACAGUUCUAUAUACUGCAUUUUCUUGUGUGUCUAGUUGAAUAUGCUAUGAUUUAGGAUACACACUAGCAAAUGGGAUUUAUGAAUGAUCUCUGACCUGAACCAUUACCAGAUAGCUCAAACGCCGAGUUAAGGUUGCAGCAGUACCUACGACAACAUGCAAGAUGCACAGCUGACUAGCUUACAAAUCGUUAUCGCUUUUCCUAUGCUGCUGCUAUACAAAUUGAAAUCUGGCUUGUUAUGUUGUCAACAUCUUACAAGGGUGCAACUAAUUUAAUGAUUGUCCUGGAGAAGCUCAGCAAUGCUGUUGUGAUAUCUGAGGACUAAAGCCAACUGUGAUGAACUGAUAUCACCUUGCAUGUGCAAAGGAACUCAGCAGUUUGUUCACCGUUCAUGCCUUGAUCACUGGCGUUCUGUUAAGAUUCUGAUAUUGCAAAGAUGCUACCAGAAUAAAAUUUUGACAUGUAGCAGCAAAUAUGCUGCCAAUUUUAAGUCGAGCUGCAUCUCUCCAGGCUAUCAUAUUUCAGCUUGGUUCAGAGGGUACACUGUAAAACAAGAAGGAUUUGCAUUUUCCCACUGCACAACGUGCAAAGCUCAAUUUCAUCUUAGGGUGGAGACUUGGGAGGACAACUCAUGGCGUAAAAUGAAGUUCCGGAUAUUUGUUGCAAGAGAUGUGCUCCUCGUAUUUCUUGCCGUACAGCUUACUAUUGCUAUUAUUGGUGCAAUUGCAUACUUUCUAGACAGGGAUGGAAGUUUCCGGAACAGUUUCAGUGAUGGUUGGGAUCGCUUCUUGUCAAAGCACCCAAUACCAUUCUACUAUUGCAUAGGUGUUGUUGUUUUCUUUGUGCUGCUUGGAUUCUUUGGGUUGAUAGUGCACUGCUCAUCCUUCAACGACCACCAGGAUCCAUGCCUAGCUGGGUGCCGGAACUGCUGCUAUGGUUGGGGCAUCCUUGACUGCCUGCCUGCUUCCUUGGAGGCUUGUUUUGCCCUGGUGUUGGUGUUCAUUGUUGUGUUCGCUAUCCUCGGCAUCGCCUACGGCUUCCUGGCCACCACCAUGGCUGUCCAGAGGAUCUGGCAGAGGCACUAUCACAUUCUGACAAAAAGGGAGCUAACGAAGGAAUACGUGGUGGAAGACCUUCACGGCAACUACACGGCUCCAAAGCUUGAUCCGGAACACGAGGAGCGGCUGAAGAUGCUCAAGCUCCUCUAGGGAGAGGUGCCUGCCUGAAUUCUGAAGAUGCUUCAUGGCAACCUCAUCAACAUGACAACAUGGCCCAUCCUCUUUCGUUCCAGAUCAUAGAAAGAAAAAGGCACCUUGAGUUCUAGGCUACUGUACAGAUGAAAAUCCUGCUUCAACCUGUACCGAACACCAUCAGCUGAAACAAUCCAGAGAUUCUGCUGGGCUUCACGUUUUGCCCUCGGGCUAAUUCCAUCGACUACGUGUAGUGCCUGUAAUGUUUGAUGUGCAUUGUUCCUGGAUGUGAACGCCUGUACGAUUGAAGAUUCUGUUGUCUGAAUUGAUCCCCUGUGAUCUCUUUGCGUUUUGGCAUCUGAAUAAGAUCUGCUCUCGAUGCAUCUGAUGUUCAGCAA